CUAUUGAUCCAAUACUUCUACGAGGGCCUUUCAAUCACGGAUAGGAAUAUGCUAGAUGCCGCUAGCGGCGGUGCACUCAUGAACAAAACUCCUACGGCGGCAAGAGAGUUAAUUGCCAACAUGGCAGCUAAUUCUCAACAGUUUGGUACUCGUGGUAUCUUGCAGAGGCCGGCUCAAGAAGAAGGGACCGACUCGUUACAGGCACAAUUCAAAGAGUUAACCUCCGUGGUUCGUCAGUUGGAUGUGGGUCAAGCAUCGAGGGUCCGACCAUGUAGCCUAUGCGAGACGGUGAAUCACACCACCGAGGACUGUCCAUGGACAGUGAAUACUACUGAAGCCCAUGCCAAAGCAGUUGUGGCAAACAAUG